ACCGACCAAACAACAACAAAAUAAACAGCAGCUGGCAGCGCGCGCGAGGAGCGGGCUUUGCUAUGGCUAAUCAGGGUGGAUGCGAUAGCCCGGACGCUUCAGAGGUGGAGCCGGUGGGAAAGAGCUCCGGCGAGGCUUCCUCGAGACCACUCAGCUCAGGUGGAGGAGGAGAGAUGGCGGUGAAAGAGGAAGAGCAGCCUUCGGGAGUCCGACACCCUGCAGACACUUAUCCUCUGUACCGCGUAUCAAAGCUCAUUAACUGGAAAAAACCGUUAUGGACUUCCGCUUUCUUCGCAACUACAAAUAUAGCGUUUUGGUUUGUGUCCCUUAGUCCCUGUCGAACGUUCAGCCUCAUCUCCAUGUGUGUGGCUCUCUUAGUGAUGAUACAACCGAUGAGAGAUCUGGUUCUUUCCAGAUCAAGAGGAGCCACUCUAUGGAGGAGUAUGACCAGCAGCUGGGAGGUCAUUGAUUCUGUCCAGGAGGGCAAGUCUGGAUCAGGAUCUCCAUUCACAGACUUCUGGACGAGCCUCAAGCUCUUCAUUGAGGAGACUUCCUCUUUUAAGCAGCAGAAUCCAGGCAAGUUCUGUCUGCUGGUCUGCAGUAUGUGUACUUUUCUGGCAAUACUUGGACGUUACAUUCCAGGGGUUGUUAUUUCAUACAUCUUAGUGCUAGGCAUUUUUCUCUGGCCUUUGGUGUCGUCACAUGAGUUUGGGAUGUGGUUGGAACCAGUUCUGCAGAAACUGGACUUUGGAGUGGGCGAGUUUCUUCAGAAAAUAAAGGAGAAUCAUGAGAAAAGAAUACUCCAGUCACAAGCCAAGAGAGAGAGCAUUGAAGCAGAUCUGUCUGCACUUUUUCCCAAGAUGGACUCCAUCGUUUGCAAAGAGCUGUCUAUAUCUGACACAGAGGUCUCUGAAAUAACAUGGACAGACAAUGGCACCUUUAACCUUUCAGAGGGACACACACCUCAGACAGAAAACUCUGAAGACUCAGACCGGCGAAGUGACGAGGAAGUCUUCACCGGCGGACUACCAGAGUUUCCUUCUUUAGACAAUGGCUUAGGAACAAAUGGAGAUGACGAUGAAGACCUGAGCAUUGGGAUGCCCACCCCUCCAGCCCACCCCAGCAGGGUCGGCUCCACACAGUCAGAGGAGGAACCCGUGGCCCAGGCCUUGGAGGUUGUGCAGAGGCUGGCUGGAGACGUAAUCACAGCAGCAGUAACCGCAGCCAUGCAGGAACGCCUGGAGGCAGCUGUAGCGCCUGCGCUGGUCCAGGCCCUGGCAGAGGAAUCGGACAGUGAGGCGGAGGACUUUGAGUUGUUAGACCAAUCAGAGCUGGAACAGCUGGAAGGCGAGCUGGGGCUGGAUCGCUCGGGCCGUGCAGAAGCGUCUAAACCUAGCAAACCCUCUUCAGGCUUUCUGUCCAAACUACUGGGGCGCCAAUGAUUUUAUUCAGAGGGGCUCUGCUUCCCUCUGUGAUGGGAUGUGGGUGGGAGGAUAAAUGUCGGGUUUACAGGAAAAGGUCCAGAGUAAUGAAGGUAUUCCAUUGUUUUACUUUGCUGGUGUGAUUCAGUCGUUUUACCAUAAAAAAAACAAAGUCAUCUGCUGAAGGAGGUUGCUUGUGUAUUUCACGGGGAAGAAGACUGUGGCUGGUUUUGGCGUAGCUCCAUCUCAGAAGGUCAUCGGAGGAAAUCCUGUCAACCUCCAACCCGCCAAUGACCAGAGGGUUAUGGACCAGAGUAAAGUCAUUCGUUUAACUGUUAAAGGGCUGGUAGACGCAGGAUAGUCCAUAUUUUGCUGCCAAAUAUUUUUUCUUUUUUCAACUUCACAUAAUUACUCCUAAAAUAAAGCUUCAUGGCCAAAGACUAAGGGCCUCCCACUAACUGACAAUCAGGAUAGCACUUAUAAACAAACAGAAACCACACAACGAGUAUGUCAUUUUAUUUGAAAUAUUUUGUUUUCUAAUUUUUUUGUAAUUUUUUUUUUUUUUAUUAAGGAUUUUUGAGAAGCCGGUGGAUAAUGUAAUGUAAUCCUUUGCAUGGGUAGUCAUGUUUUAGGCUUUUUACAAUUUGCACCUUCUUUUAGAGUGAACCAACUAGGCACUAAAGUUGAACAGAUUAUGACUGAGAUUCAUAUGAAUAUUCAUGGUUAACCCAAAAAUGAAUGUUUUGUCAUUAAUGUAAUUUUAUGAACAAAAAUAGUUACACGGAAUAUUCUCUCUUGUGUUACACAGAACUCAAACAGGUUUAGAAAAACAUGGAAUUGAGAAAAUAGUUACUAUUUUUGGGUGAACAAAAUAAUGUACAAAAAGGCAAACCAAAAAGUAAAAUGCACUUAAUUCUCAUAACUCGAAAUAUCUGCUUUCUGUGAGAAAGAGAGUAGUCUUUUAUCAACUGACCCAAUAUUCAUAUUUGCUUUUUUAAGACGCACAUAUAACCAAGACUGUUUCUGUUCACAGUGGUGCUUGGUGUGUAUCUAAUUUUAGUGUUUCUAACAAACUUCUGAUGUAUUAUGAAUUUUGUUUUGAGAUGUAUCAAACGCUUCCUAUAACACAUUAGCUGAACAGGAUUUUCUGCCAGUGACUAUAAUGAGCACUAUACAAAAUGAUUCUAAUCAGUGUCAGUUUGAGCACUUUUUUUAAUUUAAAUAUAUUUGUUCCUCUAUAUCUCUACUAGUAGAUUGCUGCCACGCACAUAUGAUCGCCUUAUAUGCCUGUGCAAGUUUGUCUGUCAGAGCGGAAGAGAAUAAGCAAAAUAUAGUUGUAUGAACAAUCUCCAGAAUGUAAUUAAAACCUUCCAAUUCAAAA